UCUCUUUGGAGAAAUAAAUUCUUUGAACUUUAUGCAUUUUUAAAUUUGAGUCUUAAAUCAUAUGUCAUUAGAAAUUGUAAUAAUCUAAGUAUUUUAAGAGCGUACCCAGUAAUUUCAAUUCAGAAAAAAACUGAUCUCUACACUAUUUUUCCGAAAGAACUCUUUUUUUUUAAAUCUGGCAACAAUGGUGCUAUAAUCACGAUUUCGUGCGUGAGCAAGCACGAACGAGAAAUGUGUAGUGUUUUUGCGUGAAGUGAUAAAUUUUGUUGACACCAACAUUUUAGCAUGAGUAGCAAAAGAAAAUCCGAAAUAGAGCAAGAUUUACGAAAUGACGAUAAAAGAUAUUCUUUAUUUACACCUACCUCCGUGAGAAGUUCCGUGUGGAAGCAUUUUCAAGUAAUAAAAUUUUUAGAUAAUGUGGAGAACUUUGCACGAUGUAACCAUUGCGCGGAAAUUCUAUCAUAUGCACCUAGAAGUGGAACUGGCAGCCUGUUGCGCCAUCGCUGCGUGCGUGUAAGGUCCAUUAGUUCGCCAAAAAAUGUGCAGCCCGCACAAAGCGUUUCAAAUUUUAUACGUUGCAUGUUGCCCAAGAAAACAAAAGAAGACAUAUUAAAAUCGCAACUAGAAUUCAUCUUGAAGGACUUAAAAUCACUCAGCACCACCGAAGGUGAUGGUUUUAGAAAAUUUGCACAAGCUUUAAUCAACAUAGGUGCAGAGUAUGGAAAGCAAAAUGUGGAUGAAAUAUUGGUUUCUCGAUCCAUUUUGAUCAAUAGCUUAAUUCCGGCAGAAUAUUUCAACACUAAAAAUCAAUUGGAAUACAUUUUAACAAAUAAUCAUAUUUCAUUUUCAACGAGUGUUUGGGUCGACGAGCGUUCCCGACGCAGCUUUUUUAGUUUGACAGGACAUUUUAUUAACGACGAAUUCGUCAUGUGUUCAUCCUUAUUGGGAACUCGAGAAUUCACUUCGUUAACUAAAGAAACUAGUGACCGGCUGCAUUACUUCGUUAUGGACAUAUUAAAUGAAUUUCAAAUAAAAGAAAAGUUUGGUCAGAGUGUAAUUGUAACGGACAACUUGCCCCAGUUCAUUGACGCCUUUCGAUGCUACAAACAAGUGUCAUGCAUCUGCCACAAUAUAAACUUGUUUAUGAAAGAGGUUUUGGAAAAUGUUAAUAUUAAGGAAAUUCAGGACCUAAUAGAAGCAUCAAAAAGUUUGGUACACUUUUUCGAAAGCUCAGAGUUAAAUAACAUAAUAUCUUUAUCGAUAAACCAAAAUGGAACUGAAAGGUUCAGUUCUGUAUUUGGUGCUCUUCAAAAUAUUUUUAACGUUUAUAAUGAAAUUGAGCAAGCAUUAAUAGAAAGAAAUGAGUGGCAAGAAAUCGCAGGCGUUAAUUUUCAUCUUCUCGAUUGUGUCGUUUCGUUUUUUAAGCCUUUUAAAGAAUGUUUUGAUUUGGUCAGCACGCAAACUACCCCGGUCAUAACAGAAUAUUGCUUUUGGUACCAAAAGUUGCAAGCAACAUGCCUUGAAGGACCGUUAGAUUCUAAAGUAAUAACGGAGUUAAAGGCAACUGCAAUGGAUGUAUUCGAACGUAUUAUGAAGCCAGACAUUCUUCACUAUAUUGCCUUAUUCUUAAAUCCACGAAAGGGAAUAAAAUCUGUUUUAUCGGAAAAUAAACUUAAGCAGACUGAAAACGCAGUAAAAGAACUAAUAGUCAAUUUAAAAAAACAACAAGACCGUGAUCUGAUUGGACUACUGCAGACAGAUGCUGAUUGUCCGGAUAUUAGUGUUGUUCCCGGAAUGUUUAAUUCUGAAGAAUGUGAGAAAGAAAUCGAUAAUGAAAUAAUAAGAUAUUUAAAAAUAGAUGUGGAACAUUUUAAUGUAUUACAGUUUUGGAAAAAUUCUGUAGAUUUUCCAAUAUUGAAAAAUAUUUGCAGACAAAUAUUAAGUAUACCCACGAGUUGCACGAAAUGCACUCAAGGAAUCUUUAGUUUGGAUGGAAUUUUAGAAGGAGACAGAAGUAAUGCGAACAUACCAUGUGAGAGUAUUGAUCAAUUGCUGUUUUUACACAACAACACCGGAUAUGUGAAAAUUAAAGAUGAAGGCAACUCAGCGGAGGCAUAGUGUAUUCCAAUUUCAAUAAAAAUGCUACAAAAACAGACAGAAAAGUGUUAUGAUUUUAGUAUUCACUAAAGUGUACUAGCAACAAUUUAUUUCGUUAAAAAAAGUACAUUCCAACUUUUUUUUUUAUUUUUUAAAAAUAUGUUACAAUUAACAUAAUAAUGAACUCGCACAAUGUGCUCUUAUUGGUGAAAAAA